UGCCUAAUGUAGGUAUGUUGUGGGUGGAUUUGCACAGUGUUGGACUCAGUUGGACUCAGCCCUCAAAUCCACAAGGGAAUUUAUUUCCUUUGCUUUGUGGGAAUUCUAAACACAGAUACAAAACACAGUGAAUAAUGUGGAAAGACUUUGGUUCCAUGUUAUGGCUGAUGCUCCACCUCUCUUACCAAGGGAACACUUCCGACAUAAAUUGUCCUCCUAGAUGCCAGUGUUUCACGCCGACUAAGGUGAUGUGUUCUGAGGAGAGCAUGAGAAGCAUGCCCACGAACAUCUCCACAGAGGUGAAGGAGUUGGUCAUUAUGACGACGGGAAUGACGCACCUGGGCUCGAUCACGAUGCAGUACAGCCGCCAUCUCACCAAGCUGGUCUUCUUCAACAAUUUGCUGCGGGAUGUCUCCACCAUGGCCUUUGAUCGCUUGACCGGGCUCGAGGAGCUGGAGAUCAGCGGCAACUCUUUACUGGAUUGUUUGAACCCAGGUACUUUCAGCAAGCAGAGAAACCUCACCAAACUUUUGCUCAACUUCAACAGGUUCAAGUCACUGAAUGACGGCCUCUUCAGUUCGCUUCAGAAGCUGAGGACUCUUCAGCUGAAGGGCAACAUCAUCUCCCACCUGCCCAGGCAGCUCUUCCAGAACCUGAGUAUUCACACUCUUGACUUGUCCCUGAACAUGCUCACAGGGGUGGACAAGGAGCUCCUCAGCGGCUUGUCCCAGCUAGAGUCCCUCAAACUGGGCUACAAUAUGAUCAACGUCCUCUUGCCAGACACUUUCCACAACAUCUCCCACGUGAAAGAGCUUUGCCUGCAGGGAAACCAGAUAUCUUACCUCCCUCAGGGUGUCUUUUCACAUUUACAGAAACUAGAGGAUCUGAACCUUCGCAGCAACUUGAUCACAAAUGUGAGCUCUGGAACCUUUCCCGUUGGCUUGAAAGAGCUGGAUCUCAAAGGCAACAGGCUGGUUCAGCUUUCGCCUGACUCGUUCGGCCGUCUAACCAGUCUCACACACCUGUUUCUGUCAAUGAACCAGCUCACUAACCUUCCAGAGGACGUCUUUCGGAACCUGACGAGCCUGCAAAACCUGGACCUCUCGGAGAACCAGCUCACAUCGCUGCCGGGAACUAUCUUCCAAGAUCUCACCAAGAUUGAAAUCGUCCACCUGCAGAAUAACAACCUGAGCUCUCUGGAGGCCAUGCUGUUUGAGGACCAGGCCUUCUUGGAGCAGCUGUACCUCUCAGAGAACAACCUCCAGACCCUUCCUCGGGGCUUCUUUGACCCGUUCUUACACGAGAAUGUGAUGAGACUGCGCAGGAACCCCUGGAGCUGCGACUGCCACAUGCUAUAUCUGUAUGACUAUGUGGCGGAGCACGGUCACAUGGUGGAGGACCUGAGUAAUGUGUAUUGUAAAGGCCCUGAGCCUUUGAGAGGACAGGGUCUGGUCUCCUUAGAGAGGGACCAGCUGGUGUGUCCAGGUAAUUUCUCUUCUAGAGCUAAAGCCACCCCCUUCCAAGGCUUGGAAGAGAGGCCACACCCUAGCAAGUGUACUGUCCAGUUCAUCAACGAUAACAUUACUAUCAAGUGCAAAGUGACUAAAUGUUCCCCACUGAGACUUAUGGUGCAUUUCAAAGAAGGGGACGGCACCACGUCUGAGUACAUCAUGAAAAAGGACUGGGCAGAAUCUUCACAGUGUAGCAAUGGGACUAUAACUCUCACUGUGUGAAUGGUGUUUGUCAGUGCAUUGGCUGAAGCUUUGCAAUAACUUCUCUAUGCAGAUUGGAUUUUCUUUAUCCAUCUAUGUACAUCAUAGAGUUUUAUCAAACACACAAUAUUUUAUAUGCCAACAUACUGUAUAUGAGAUGAGAGUGAAUUCCACCUGAAUUUCAUUUAAUUUUGAAGGUAUUGGCUUUGAAUAAUUUAUAAUAUGAUGUCUUGCGGACACAAGCAGUAUUGGUAUGGGCUUAAACAAAUCUCUCCUACUGCCAAUGUCAAUAUUGUACAGACUUUUAAACUAAAAACUGAUAACCAGGCUGACAGUGUUUCCCACUCAUAGCUGAGAGAUAAGAGAGGUGGAUGAACUAUCUCUUGUGAGGUUCAAAGUUCAUCCCUAGAGUUCUAGAGACUAUGUAAUGAACAUAGUACCAUCCACACAAUCAUAUACUAAUAGAUAUAUCUACUGCAAUGUAUGCUCUUGCCAGCAGAUGACUCUAUUCCUCCAUUGACUUCACUGGCCAUGUUCCUUAAGUUUACUCACACUUUCGGCACCACUGUCACUUGUAGAUUAUCUGUAGAUUCUCAAACAUCAACACACAUGUUUAGAUGUAGUAGAUGGUAACUCUAUUGACAUGCAACAACAAAUUCACAUGCUGCUUUCAACCACGCCAGCAAUGAACUUUGUUGUUUUGUGUAGUUGAUUAGUCUGAAUGAAUUUAACUGACAAUCAGUGUAUGGCUAAUUGAACAUCUCUAAAACUAUCAAUCCUCCUGUGGAAGACAAUAUAAUUAAUGUGGUAACCUUGUUUCUCUCCAUUUUAAAGUAAUCAAUGCAGUUAACAUGUGGAUAUGAUUUUUUUUUUUUUUAAUCUAAGCAGUAAUCCAUUUGGAAAUAUAUUUGAAUAACUCUUG